AUGCCCUGCUUGUUUGAUCCCGACGCUCCCGGUGUAUCCAAACAGAUGAUGUUGGAUUGGAUACACAUUAACCACCCAAAGACUAUAAUCCGAUCGAGAAUCGACCCACUUAGUCUGGCACAGUUGGUGCGAUCACUCCAACCAGAAUUAGACUUUCCAAACUCGGCAAGUAACACAUCAACUCAUUUAAGUGCGGCCGAAGGUGCUUCAGAGAUCGACACAUCUGGUAAUAUCGCAAACGGUCAGAUCGUCACUUCAGGCAUCGGGAUCUCUGGUGCUACAGCAAACUAUCCAAAAAUCCGAUCAAUUCAAGAACUUCAAGAUUUAAAACCAGCGAUUCCACCGUCCCUCAACCCGACCACAGGUACUGCACGCCAGGGAAAGAGAGUUGCAUCGUCAGAGAUUAAAAAAAGCCCAAAAACUACCGAGACAGAGGCUCGUGGUACUAGUUCCAAGAUCACCAAAAAGAAAAAGAUCAAUCACUCCUCGCGAUCUGUCAACAAAUCUACUGCUUCACUUGGCGCUAUCAGUCCUCAGAGCGGCAACCCACCGACUUUACCUGCGAUCGUAGCCUCAGGUCAAUCUCCUGUUUUUGAUGAAGAUGAACAGGAUCUCAAGAAUCUUCGAGACUCCAUUCGAAUGCCAGUCUUACCUUUAGCCACCUCUAUCACCAAGCCAGAUAUAGCCACGAACAAAUCGACAACACCACAAGUGGUUUCUACUGAGAUGAACGGCCCCACUCGUUCCAAAAAACCAAAGGAUGUCGGACCUGCUGAUCUGAUUGAGUUCUCAGAUAAUGAGCUGAUGGAUGCUGGGAACCUUGUGCUAGGGAAAGAUAUCCCCCCGAUUUUGAUCAAUAAUAUGACUAAGACAAAGUCUGGUGUUGAUGUGUUUUUGGAAGAAAGGGGACGAGAGCAACGUAUUUGCCAGCUUGAAAAUUCGCUUGCUCAGGUGUUGGACGGAGUUGAGCAAUUGAGAGAAGAGAAUUAUCAAUUCGCGAUGAAAUUCAAAGACUUAGAAAACGUCACCAAAUCGACUGAGGCAGUCAACAAUCGUCUUGACAGAAAGGUACAGAUCAUUGAGAGACUUGAACCCAUGGUCACUCAUCUGCAAGCUCAAGUGGACACAUUACGUCACAACUUUGACGAUCAUCAUGAAGACGUAGUCACUCACGGGCAGAUACUUGAGAGGUUGAUGCAGGAAGACGAGGACGAGGAGGAUACAGAAGAUGCUGAUGAUGCCUGA